UUUUAGAACUUUUUAGGACUGGUUUAGGACUUUCAGGUAUUUUUUUUCAACCCCAAGAACAGCAAACCUACUGUCAAGCAUGGUGGUGGCAGUAUCAUGCUCUGUGGAACUGGAGCUUUACACAAAGUAAAUGGAACAAUGAAGAUGGAGGAUCACCUCCACAUUCUUCAGGAAAACCUAAAACCAUCAGCAGAAGGUUGAUCUUGGACACAGUUGGAUGUUUCAACAAGACAAUGAGCCCAAACACACAUCAGAUGUGGUUAAAAAAAAAUGGUUCUGUCAGGCUGGAAUGAAGGUUCUAGAUUGUUCUCCCCAAAGUCCUGACUUAAAUCCAUUAAGAACCUGAAGACAGACAUUGUUAAAAAGCUUAAAAUUGCCCAAAAUGACAAAAAAUUGGUCCAAAAUGACUAAAAGGUGUUUCUAAAUUUCUUAAAAUUGGUUAAACAUGGUUUUAUAUUUGUCUGAAAUGACAAAAAAAAAAUAUUCAAAAAGGCAAAAAAGUGUCUAAAAUGACUAAAAAUUGGUUAAAAAUUACUCCAAAUUUGUCUAAAAUGACCAAAUCUUUCAAAAUUUACUCAGAAAGUACUUAAGACCUGUCCAAAAUGACUCAAAAUUGGUUGGAAAUGGCUCAGUUACUAGUAAAGAAAUGUUUUAAUUGGGCUAGAAUGAAGGUUUUAGACUCGUCUCAACAAAGUCCUGACUUAGACCCAUGAAGAAUCUGAAGAAACAAGUUGAAUUGCACCAGGGGGAUCAAAGAUAAACCAGAAGCUUGUAGAUGGAAACCAAAGAACCAAACUGAGGAGAAAAUGGUCAAAGGAACGUUUAACCAAAUAUUAGCAUCACCAUAGGAACAGUUUUGACUGCUGCAGAUUUAGUCAUAUUUCCAGAAGACCUUUAAUAAAUUUAUGAAAGAACCAAAAUAGGUGAUUGUUUUUGUGGCAAAGAACUCUUAUUUUAUCUUCUCUUAUCUUGAGUUCAGACAGCACUGUGACGCUGUAAUGUGAUAUUUCAGACUCCUCCACUCCUCCUCCUAAAAUAACUUCUUCUUCUGACAGCCAACCAACUCACACCAGGAAUCAGAGGCAGUGAACCACAUUAACACCUCUGUCUCUAAGUCGCCGUCAGCUGAAGGUGUCUCUACAUGAAGGAUCAACGCUCUGUUGUUCUGAAGCCUCAUUGAUAUUUUAGACUAUCACUCCUCUGCCUCCUCUCUGCCACUGAUACAGGAUUAAGAUAGAAGGAAGUGGGUCAACAGGCCGGUAGCGGUUUGACUGGCAGCAUGAUGAUGGUGAGCGACGACUGUCUGGUGGAGUGUAACAUCGACGACAGCGACGACGACGAUGGAGAGCAGGUCAACACUCCUCCUCCUCCUCCAGAGUUUGCAUCCAAAGCUUCAACUCCGGCUCCCAAACCUCCGACGCCUCCGGUCGCUCCUCCAACGCCUGAAUCCACCUCACCUGUCAGCAGGGACCCCAACAACAUCAACCAGCACCUAAAGGUGGAGGUCAGCGACGUUCUUGCAGAACCCUCCACGCCUCACAGUAUCGACCAGGUGUGGAUCUACAGCGUCACUGGCUUUGAGAGCACUCGUAUCUGGACGUAUCGCUGCCUCUCGCUGCUGUUUGCCGUUCCCUUCGCUUUCCUGUGUGGAGUUUUCAUCGCCGUCCUCGCCUGCAUACACGUCUGGGUUCUGGUUCCCUGCCUACAGCUGAGCUACACCUUCCUCCCCUGCCUCCGCUCGUUGUGUUUGUGUUCUUUGAACGUCUUCGUCUCUCCGUUCUGUUCGUCUCUCGCUCUCUGCUGCAGUCAAAUCGCCGUUUCUCUGUCCAACAAGGACUGGAGUCAAGCCAAAGACAAAGACGCCGUAUGAAUGACAGAUUAAUCUGAGCGAAUGGAAAAGACAGAAAAAGAGGAUUUUGUAGAAAAAUUGCAUGUCAUUUUUUAAAAGUUUUUCUUUUUUUAAGUGGCGUAGUUCUGCAACCUGCUCAUGUUCUCCUAUUUGAUAUGAUUUCUACAUUAAAGCCAGUUUGUAUUUUUUAUUUCUAUACUAUUAUUGACUGUAAUCAUAUAAAUAUAAUGACACUGUGAUAGAUGUAAUGAUAGUAAUUAUUAGUAUAUUAAUAUCCUGUUGAUUUUAGAUGUAUUUGUAAGAAAACUGUACCCAGCUGUAUUAAUAAAACUAAUCUAAACUGUA